CUUCUACCUCUGCGAGCGGGGAGGGGUUAGUUUCCCACAGGGGAUUUCAACCAUCACACUCAGAGCCCGCCUCCUAAUCCUCGGGCGGAGCGGCUCGGGGGCCCCAUUUUAUGGCAAUAAAGCGACUUAGCGCCUGCUGAGCGAGCCCCUCCCCGCCGCCGCCCCCGCCCUCGGCCCCACCCCGGGGCUCGCCCGCAGCGGCGGGGCUUUGUUUCGGGGGAGGAGGACCCGGAGCUCUUUUGUUUGGGGGUUUGGUGUUUUCACCUCCCCCCCACCCCGCUCCCCCAACCCUCCCCCCCUCCGCGCCUCUCCGGUUUCCUGAGCUGCGGGCUGCAAGGGAGGAGAAGCGGCGUCUUGCAACCCCCUCGGCUGGGCCCCGGGGUAAUUCGAUGCGGGCCUGGCGAGGCUCCCCCCGCUAGACCCGGGCUCGCGUCUCGGCAGCCUCCACCCACUGGCCCACCCUACAUUUAGCGCAUCAUGUGAUCCGGGAUCAAUGUGACUCUGGAAACAAAUGGAUGAAUGAAUAUCCAUAUGAAGAGGAAAACAAUAAAGAAUAUCAACACCUUUGAGAACAGAAUGUUAAUGCUUGAUGGGAUGCCAGCAGUCAGAGUCAAAACAGAGCUUUUGGAAUCUGAACAAGGGUCUCCAAACGUCCACAACUACCCCGAUAUGGAAGCUGUUCCCCUGUUGCUAAAUAAUGUGAAAGGGGAACCCCCGGAGGACCCGUUAUGCGUAGAUCACUUCCAGACACAAACUGAGCCAGUGGACUUGUCCAUCAACAAAGCCAGGACGUCCCCCACAGCCGUUUCCUCCUCCCCCGUUUCCAUGACAGCGUCCGCCUCCUCCCCGUCUUCAACUUCAACCUCUUCGUCGUCUUCUAGUCGUCCAGCCUCAUCCCCAACUGUUAUAACAUCAGUAUCUUCAGCAUCAUCUUCGUCAACGGUAUUAACUCCAGGGCCCCUUGUUGCCUCUGCCUCUGGUGUGGGAGGCCAGCAGUUUUUGCACAUUAUCCAUCCCGUUCCACCUUCAAGUCCCAUGAAUUUACAGUCUAACAAACUGAGUCACGUUCACCGCAUCCCCGUGGUGGUCCAGUCGGUGCCUGUUGUCUACACAGCUGUGCGGUCACCUGGAAAUGUGAACAACACUAUCGUCGUACCACUUUUGGAGGAUGGGAGAAGCCAUGGCAAAGCACAAAUGGACCCCCGAGGCCUAUCUCCCAGACAAAGUAAAAGUGACAGUGAUGAUGAUGACCUGCCAAAUGUGACCUUAGAUAGCGUUAAUGAGACUGGAUCUACGGCCCUUUCCAUAGCCAGAGCAGUACAAGAGGUACAUCCGUCCCCAGUAUCAAGGGUCCGGGGAAAUCGAAUGAAUAAUCAGAAGUUUGCUUGUUCAAUCUCACCAUUUAGUAUUGAGAGCACAAGACGCCAGCGAAGGUCUGAAUCCCCAGACUCCAGAAAACGGCGUAUCCACAGAUGUGAUUUUGAGGGAUGCAACAAAGUGUACACAAAAAGUUCUCACCUGAAGGCUCAUCGAAGGACACAUACAGGAGAGAAACCCUACAAGUGUACCUGGGAAGGCUGCACCUGGAAAUUCGCUCGUUCGGAUGAACUGACGAGGCAUUACCGCAAACACACGGGAGUGAAGCCAUUCAAGUGCGCAGACUGUGAUCGCAGCUUUUCCCGGUCAGAUCACUUGGCACUGCACCGCCGGAGGCAUAUGCUGGUGUGAGGAAAGCUACCUGUCCAGCUGAGCGUAAGAGCUGGAUCUCUUAGCGGCACCCAAUUCAGCAGGGCUGAAUCCCCUUCACAGUGUUAACACAAAAGGGCAUCACCAUCCCACGAUGUCUGAAAGCAGAGCAGGAAAAAAGAAGUAGUAACACUUCUCCUUUCGGUCUGAAGGUAACCCCCAUCAUGACUACACGAGAAACAACUUCACGCUGGCCUGGGAGAUCGGUGACACAAAUGCUGAAGAGACAGGCAUUGUUUUCUGUGCUGUGUCCUCUGCCAUUUCGAGAUGUUUGUAGUUUGUACGUUUUCUGAGCUGUCAGACGUUUUGUUAUUGAUACUUUAAAGGUCAUCUACCACAAAUUGAUGGCUAGAGCAAGACCUUGUAAAUUUGAAUUAUUCUCCCAUCAUCCCACCCCUGAGCCCGUUUUUACAAAAGUUUGAGUUACUGUCUAAGUAAGAUAGAACCCACUUCCAAUCUGUUACCAGCAAGCAGCCUGAAAGUAGAAAAGAAGAAGCUGUUGGAGAGGUUCCAUUACCUGAAAAGAAAGGAGUGCUCAGGCAGCCCUUUGCAAUAGUGAUGGCCGCCACUAGAUAUCACCCGCAACUUGUCAUUCUGCCAUCCAUGCCCUGGAGAAAACCAACAUUGAUUCUUUCAUUUGUUUGUUGUUGAUCGUUUUUGUUUUGUUCUGCUUCUGUUUCGUUCAUCUGUUCGAGCAGAGGGGCAGCGACAUUUCAGUUGGAGUCUAGUCCCGGUGUCUGCCCCGGCAUGGACGGGCACAGAGCCGUUCUGUAGUUGAAUAGGAAGAGCCUGUCUAAAAAAACUACUGCCCCACUUCAAAUUCAGUGUUCUGUCACCUAGGCAUCAUCUCUUCCUGCCCCUAGUAUUUGAUUACAAGGAAUCGGGGGGAGGGAGGGAAACUUUCUUAGACACACUGGCACCAAGGUAAGAGGUGGGGCUGACCAGGCAAAGUCAGUGAACAUGAAAAAAUCAGACAAAGCAGAGAUGGAAAUAAUGCGCCUCUUGAGGAGAAAAGCAAUAACGAAUAAAAGGACUUGCCUACAAUAACUUCACUGAGGACUCAUGUUACCAAUUUUCAUACUUACUAAAGGGAUUGGAAAAAACACCCCAGCAUUUUAGACGUCUUGGUUACAUUUGCAGCACUGAGGUAAUCUUUCUGCUGUUUGUUGUUCUGCUUGGUUGAGGACCACAAUUAAAGAUUAUGCUCCCCCUUUUCUUGUUUGAAAACAGUUAUGUGGUGACUAGAAAGGCCACGGAGGCAUAGCAGGGAAUUAACUCUUGGGUGAAUGGGUCAGUUCUUGGAACCAAGUCAGUGGGAAAGGAAUGCUCCCCAAGGAAAGCCUGACAUGGUGCUAGUUUCCUCCCUUGGAGAGCCAAGGAUAAGUGACUCUCCACUAGGUUCUUCUCUACAGAUUUCAUUUUCUAAACUGUAUGAGCACCCAGUGGUUCUGCUAUGGCAUCUGCAGGGAUAUUGAACCUAACCAUCGUGUGCUGAGGGUGAGAGGAAAUUAUAGUCCCGUCAGCCCCCAAAAAUUAUGAGCCUUUUUUGCAACUAGCAAAGUCUAUAGUAAACAAAGCAAUACAUCACCAACGAGCAUUCUUUCAGAAAAAUUAUCAUAUUUUUUCCCCACUAAAAGCUGGGUAUUUUCAGCUUUCUGUGGCUAAGGGGCUUGGUGAGGUUUUUUUGUCAUUGUUGUUGUUGUUAUUAUUAAGAUUUUUUUUAUAGCUUAGAUAUAAGAAGUUGCCAGCAUAGGCCUUUGCAAUAUAUUUUAAUUACAAACACUUGAUUUGGAGAAUUGCACAAAUCAACCUCACAAUAUUACUAGCUCAUUUUUAAAGGUGUGAACAUUCUGAAAUAAUUUCUGGUUCUAGAAUUAUCCGUUUUAGGAUUAUCUUCUAAUUCAGAUAAUCUUAUUUUGGUGAAGCAAAAACUAUAAACAUUGAAAAAGGAUGAUUUGUGUUGGAUGGCAUUAAAAGGAAUUUUUUUUUUUUAAUGUUCAAGCAACAGCAUAAUGAUUUUCAGGUCAAAUUCUAUCUUCAAAAAUAUGUGCUCUACAUUUCCUGCCAGGUCUGAAAAAUUCAUUGGCAGUUUCCCUCCAACAAGGGCUGCGAUUCUAUGGAUAAAUAGCUACUUUAGCUACAAGAGUGUACUACCCACCAAGCACUGGGUUUUUGUGGGGUUUUUUGUACCAACUGGAAAGUUUUUUAUCUGUACUGUAUGCAACUCCUACUUCUUAUUGCCUGUGACUAUUUUGAAUAGAAAGGCCAACGUUGGUUACUGGUCAGUGGCAAAGAACACAGAGCAUGAUGAACACAGAGCUUGGUGAACACAGCUGUGCAGCCCUCUAUGCUAGUCCUGGAACCAAGUUGGCAGAUAGUAGGUGAAUCACUGAGGUGAAGGGCAGACUUGAGUUAAUUCUGCCUGCUCUCGUAAGAAGGGCCAAUCCUGUUCUCUGCUGAGAGAUCUUGAGAACAUUACAGGUAGAAAUGGUUUUUAGAAUCCAUAGAACUGACAGGCAGUGGGAGCCUCCUGAGUGACAGCUCGAUUUAAAUUUAGCACAGAAUGAAAUGAGCUGCUCCUCUGUAAUAACGUAGGAAAAAUUCAGGGACGUGAGCUUGUCUGCUCACCCGCUGAAAGUGGCAACCCAACUGAGGCAGUAAGUUUACUGAUAGAACCUGUCAGCAUUAUGCCAUUUCCCCCUUUUGAUGUACUGAUACUUCUAAGGAGGGAUCCAAGCACAAAUAGUGAAUGAGUUGCUGAUCUAGUCGCAGGACUGAAAUUUACCUGGGGCUUGUCUUGGGACAUAACAAAUUCUCCUUGGUGAAUUUUCUACAGGUGUUUCCCUGUGGAAAGGAAGGUGGUUUGGGAGAGAAGGAAUUACAUUUUUAAGUAAGAAUAACUUCAGGCAUGGAAAAGCCUACUCUAUUUUAUCUUAUGUCCAUUCUAGACUCUUUUUAAAAGCACAUUAGAUGAUUAACAACAGAAAAGGAGUAGAAUCCAAAGGACUUCUCAGUUGUUCUCUAACUAGAAGCAUUCUUUGGUUUCAAAUUUGAAGCUAUUCAGUUUGCAGCUGGGCGUAUGUGCAUGUUUGGUAACUUAGACACAGGUAGCUGCAAUGGCUUGAGAAGCUACAGUUGACCUGUCUCUUUGCAUUGUAGAGGUUGAUUUCAAGGAAGUUAAUGUUAUUUGAAAAGUUAAAAGUUACAGACUUUGAGGUUUCAAUAGAUUCCCUCCUUGUAUCCUGAUCUUAGGUUGUUUGGGAAAAGAUUCACACUUCCCCAUCCACUUCCAGCCCCAUCCCAUCAAUUGUGUGUGGACUUUGAGGAGCCUGAUUGAUAACUUGUCUUAAGUUCUAUUAAGGCAUUUAGACUGAAAUUCCUAAUGGCUUUACCAUAAAAUUUAUACUGUUGCCUGGCAUUACUUUUACAAAACACUAUAGGACAUUUAUUUUCAAAGGCAGUUGAACAUAAACCACAUUUUUUUAAAAAAAGAGCACUUUUUAUUCACUUUAAAGUUUAAGUGGAAAAUAGGAAGAGGAAUGUCGGGGGGGAAAAACUUGCAAAAUGCUACAGUGUUUACAAAUGCCAGUUCUAGAUGAUUGAAAAGGCCAUUCUCAUUAUGGUUGAAAUUUGGAAUAGCUUAUACAAAGAUUGUGUUCAUUAUAUUAUACAGUUGUUUUAACUUCAAAUUGCCAUCUGUGUUUUAAACAUAAAUAUAAUUCUGCACUUUGAAAUCAGUUCAUUAGAAUGAUACCAUGUAUAUGGAUAAAGAUGCAGUAUUCCUUAUUCUGUACUUUAUUAUACUUAUCAAAGCUGCAAUUGAAUAAAUCUGGUGAGGUGAGGCCUUCAAAUGUAUUAAUACGCCUUUGUUACAUUGUUACAACUGCUUAGAAAUGUAGCCAUGAUGUUGUUAUAAAGGUGUCUUAACAUUUACAGUAAGGAUUGACAGAAUUUAAGCAGUGUUAAGAAUACCAGCAUUCAUUAUAUGUUGAGUUACGAUCUUUGUGUAAGGGAUUGAACGUGAGAUAACUCUUAUGAAUCAUAAUAGGCCCAGGAAGCCUUAAUACUCUUAGUCCAUAAUCCAAUCUCAGAUUUUGCUCCUUACUAAUUAAUGCCUAUAAAUUUAGGAGGUAAAUGUAUCCUACAGCUUCACUGAUCAGAUCUCUCCCUUCCACUUUUCUGAGGUAGCGCAUCUCAUGAAAACAAUCUUUCAACUUGAUUUGGUUUCGUUUAGAAAAGGGGUUUGGUAAACCAUGUCUUCCAUAUCACAUUUCUCCUUAUCUCCACACUGCCUUCCACUUAACAUGUACAGGCCCCCCGACAGAUGCACACCUGUAUACAUAGCUGUAUAUGCAGCAACCAGGGGGCUAAUAAAUAUCAACAGAGAACUUUUUUAAAAGAAUGAAUUUGUAAUAAUCCAUGCUGUCUAGAAAAUGUAAGUUAUUUACCUUACUAGGGAAUCAGCUUAUAAUGCUAUAUAUGACUUUGCCUGCAUUUUAUAGUUAAGAAGUGUACAUAAAAGUUUAAAAUGCUAUAUUUUCACAGUUUCAUUAUAGAAUAAUGUCUGUUUAGCAACCCAUGUCCAUUGGUACUUUAAAUAUGCUAAAUACUGUGCAACUGCAAUAGAAAUUCAGAUUUUCGUAAGAAAAUGAAACAGGAGGAUACUGCAUCUGAAAGAAAUAGAGUGAAGAUAUUUUACUGUAUUCGUAACGUGUGAUAGUGGAAAAAGUAUUUUCAAACUCACAAAUUUUACAGAGGUUGUAAAUAGUUUGAUGAAGUAUGUUGGGAAAAAGAGCUUCUAGUUUUCAUCACAAUAAAAAAAAAAGAAAACUUGUUCAGAUAUGCCUUGUGUAUCUUACACACGAUUAGUGAUAUUGCCAUGGGAACUCUGUUCUGCUUUGUCAGAGCACAGCCCUUGUGCUUCCUGACAAAAUGGAGUGGCCACUUGUCUCAAUUUAGCCAGGACGGUUUAGAACGCAAUGAAGUCAUUUUAAGUUGCAGCCAACUGAUUCCAAACUCAAAAGGUCUUUGCCUGAAAAUAGAAAAAGAGCUGCAAAGGAUUUUACUUGUGCUAAAAUAGAAGCAUCUAGCAAUUAUUCUCUUUUCUCAGUUACUUUCCUCCUCCAUGAAGUAGUUCUCUAUCAAAAGAAACAAACACCCUCUACAGGUGUUUAUUCUUGUUGAAUCCCAGAGGGAAUACUUUUAGCAGUAGCUACCUGUUGACAAGGUGAGUGCUAUGGGUAUGGCCACAUGUGAAAUGAAUCUGUACUGGCAGUAGGAAUAAGCUAAUGCCAAUUUUCAGAAAUGAAUUAAAAGCUGAAAGUGCCUGUCAAUAAACAUUAUGACCAAUGAGAUAUUCCUAUACUUUUACACAGCAAUAAUUCUUCAUCAGACUGGGUUUUCCCUCCACCUUUGCGAACACAUGCACACAGAGUAAAUAUAUGCACACAGUAAAUUGAAUCUGUUCACAUACUCCCUCAAAAAUUAUUUGGUGUGUUUUAAAUAUACCUAAUCUUGUUUAUGUUAACAUUUCUUAAUCUUUCUAAGCUACGAAACGGAAGAAUGCAAAUCUGAACUUUAUGAUUAUCUCCAAUAUAUACUCUGGCACAUGGCAUUUAUAAUUUUGAGAUGAAAACUUCACUGUGAUUUGCCCUAAUCUUAUGAAGCACUUGUGUGUGGCUCAAAAAGUUUUGCUCGGUUAAGAAAAGCCAAUUUAUUUAGAGCAAAACACUAGAGAUAUUUGUUUGUUUUCCUUUAUUUUAUUCACUAAUAUCAACUGCACAAAUCCAUCUUUACAUUUCUUCAUAUCCCUUUCCCCUAAUAUUUCCUGUUAUCAUGUAAGAACCAUUUUGGAGUGAAUACUGACACCAUCAUUUCUCCCAAAAAAGCCUACAAAGGUAUGACUGACAUUUAGUAAGCCUAAUCUUUGACUAAGCUUUACAGUUAGUCCUGGAAAUGACCAGAUUUACAUUCAGAACUUCACAAUAUUUUCCUAUCAUUAUCUCACUGCUAAAAGUGGAGUCGUGAAUAGAAAUAUAUGAGGAGAUGAUAUGAAUAGACAAGAGCCCUGGAAAUUCACCGGCCUCACCAUCUCAGAGCACAAAUCCACCCAAACAACCUAUUGAGAGGUAUCAAUAAAAUUAUAUUCUUUCAGAGCCAAACAUUUGGUAAGAGCAGUUUUAAAAGUAUAACUGUGAUUAAACACUCAGGCUUUAGACAGUGAAGACUACCACGAUGGGCACUGUUCUCCAGAACCAGAUCACAGGCCUAGAAAACCAUCUCCCGUUUCCUCCUCUGCAUUUCAGAAAAAAAGGGAAAGAAGGAAAUAUGCCAGGAUAGGGUGUAAAAUAACCAUUUAAGUGUCAAAGGAAAGUUGCUGGAUUCCAUAAUCUCACUGAAGGCAAGUCUUCUGACUGGGCGGUUUUCUGCAAGUUGUCUGAAAGAACUAAAAGAACUUGAAAGGUCAAAAGUUCAGCAAACCAUGAAAAGAAUAGCUAUUCUUUAGUAAACCCUUACUAUGUGCCAAGCACUAUACUAGGCAAUUUUUAGACAUGUUACCUCUAAUCUGUACAACAGUGCUAGAUUGUAUGGGUGGAAAGCUGAGACACAGAGAAGGUGGCUAAGUUGUCCACAAACAGAAAUAGUGAGCGACAGAGUGGGAAUGUGACAUUACCUCUCUCUGGCUCUGACGCCUGUAUUCUUCCCAGAGCACCACAGCACGUGUGUUCCCAGAAGCCACCUUUCCAUAUCUAACUCUUAAGUAGUUUUAUUAUGGACGUGUAUCAUCGUAUUUUCCGAAUAAGAUAAUAGGGACACGAUACAGCACGUGAUUUAACAGUGGUACAUCAUAUUUGAAAUCAGUCUUCUCCUGGGAAGUCACACAUGGAGGAUUAUUAUAAACAAACAGUACCAGCCAGCUGUCUCCCUGAACUUGUCACCCGCCUCUUAAAAUGUUUGGCCUGGAGAUCCCGAAAUCAUCAAAACCCUUCCCUACUUUGUAGCAUUUUCGACAGAGCAGGUUUUCUCGAUUCUGCAUAUUUCUUUGUAGGUUUACUAAAAGGCUUUCCACUUGUAUAGACCUUCUAGAGUAUGUUUAAGUUACAUUUGAAACGUUCACCUCCAUGGAACUAGUCGUUAAUAACAGAGCCCACUCUUGGCGGUGGUGAAUGGGGAGACCAUGUUGAACAUUGAGAUGAUGAGCAAGAAGAGAGAACGGAAAAUUCCUUUUCAGAUUUCUCACCUAACAGUACCACCUUGGAAUGUUUUCAGUAGCCUUAUAAAUAAUUUGUUUGUAGUAUUGUUGUUAGUUUAAUUGAAUUUUACGUAGGAAGCUGUCCAACCUCAGAGAAAUGACCCUGACCCCCCUUUUCUAUGUAGAACAAGGUCUCUGACAGUAUUGAUUUAUGGAAGUACUAAUGGACUUAGAAGACAUUAAGAGAAUGUCAUUUCUCAUGGUGUUUCUUUUUCUGAAAAUGAAUCUCCUGAAUUAUGAUCUUUUUCCAUGUUACUUGGCUGAGGGAAGAGAUAAAACCUGUAUAAACAAAUUCCCUUCCAUGCUGAAAGCAAGUGUUCUGUGUGCACACAACCCACUGCGGAAAAGGACUUUCUCCUCAGUUAAUUGGGUUUCACAAGCAAUAAUUUCUCAACAACAAGACCACAACUUUAAGUGAGUUGAGAAGAGGUGAAUAGUGAAAAUAGUCACAUCGGUACUUUUUCUUUCUGGAUUACUUCUCUAGAAAUUUUAAAUGUUUGAGGCAACAGUCUGCCCUUUGUGCAAAGCAAGAACCAAUGAAUGGACUCCUUGCGUGAAUUAUUAUAUCUUGCUUUUUCCAAGUGAAGGUGAAGAGGAGGGUAGAAUUUGGGUCAAAUUCUAGUCAAAAUGCUCAAGUAAUCAAAAAGUAGGAUAUUUUAGGGACAUACCAACAUCUUCCCUUUCUGCUAAUUUCAUACCCCUAAGAUAUAGCAUAAAACAUUAUAGGAAAUGCUUUUGUCCUCCUUGUGUUUGCCCUGCUAGUUUUCCCAUAACAGAAUUUUGUAAUUACAUCCAGACUACAGGAUGUAUUUCGUCCCUCAGACUUGAUUACAUUGGAUGGGUAUUGUUGAACUGGGGCACUGGUGCCUAUAUUCAAGGCUCUUUCCUAUCAACUUGUCUGUCCACACUUUGUUGUGUUUAAAACCUCAUUUUUAAAAAUUACCAUCACCGCCCCCGACCCAUGGAAUGGUGGCUGUAUUGUUUUGUUCAUGUCUGUGUGGGACACAUUGCAUCACGUGGCAAACCAACUCCCCGUGGAUGUGAGAUAACUACUUACAAAACCAGCUUGAAAACAUCGUCUUCUGUAUUAUGUCAUCCUGUAUCAUAAUGCAAUUAUGUGUAUCAUAACAUGCUCAUUUAAAAAAAAAAAAAAAAAAGAGAAACCAGCAAAUUCAUGUUUGUCCAUAGAAGAAUGUACUCAGAACUUUGUGUUGUGAAACGAUGAGAACAGACCACGUUUAAGAUACCCACCUGCCACUUAAAACGACUUAGUUAUAAUUAGUAGUAGUCUAGACGUUGCUCUUGGUGUGUGGGAUUCAAUUCAAACGUCAUCUUUUGAAUAAAUCUCUUGGUGGUAUUUGAAAAAACACAUGAGAAUAAAGAAAAAUAUCAUCUUUGGCCAAAUCAAGCAGGCAUCUUUUUCCUUUUCCUUGACACUUAGCUCAUUAUACAUGGUGAUUGGAUUACAAGAGCUGUGUAAAAAUACAAAAACAUCCUUUCGUUUACAAAACAGUUAUUCUAGGCUUGAAGCCUCUGAACAGCAAAUUGAAUAGAUGUGCUGCAUCUGAUUCACUUUACAGGUGUAAUUUUACAAAAGGCUCCUGGGUCUCUGACCCCAGAGAGUUAGAAUGCCCAGAGGAGGUCCUCCGAAUUAAAGGAUAAACCCGCCCCCCCCCCACCAAAUAAUGCUGGCAAGCAAAUGUGUUAAUUUCUUAAAUCUUCAUUUGGUUUUCUGUUCAGAGUUUUAAUUGCAAAUGAAUUUAUUUCUCCAGCUUAUCUAAAGAUCUAAUUUCCCAAUAGUUUCCUCUGCAUUUAUAUACUCUGUAGUGUUUAGGCAACCCCUGUUAUAAGUUUAUUAAUAUUAUGUAAGUGUUGUUCUUGUAUUUAUGUAUAGUGUAUGUAUUGUAAAUAUACUCAGAGCUUUUUUCCUUUUACUGUAAAAUGGUGAUUUUUUUUUUUUUUUUUUUUUUUUUUGCCCUAUGAUAACGUAAAGGGAGACCCUCCUAAUGAGAUUCUCUCAGAGGAUGAUUAUUCCAGUCUAUUCUCAGAGAUGUAAAUGAACAAGUGUUAUCGUUUUUAAUGGUGUCUCAGACAUAUUCUGUUGGUGCAUUGCUUUUCUGUAUUCAACUUUCCUAUGAAUUGAGCUGUGAACCGAAAUAGAGUUUAAACCUUUAACUGUAUGCAUUUGUAUAAUUAUCUGAAUGAAGGCAUGAAGGUUAAAUAAAGCAUUUUGUAUGGAACGAAACUCCUUAAUUAUUACUAAGGCUGAUCCAGACACUUUGGAAAUCAUAGUUAUUAACGAUUCUAAUUAAACCUUUGUUAUGAAAAGUUUUACCAUUUGUGUAUAGUAAUUUAAAACACAGAACAAGAUAGCCUCUAUACUAAAAAAUGAACAGGGUUUUAUUUCAUAACAACCAGGACCUAAAGAGGGAUUCUUAACAAUAUUUUAAUGAAUGUAAAACUAAAAAGUGGUCCAGAAAUAUGAAGUGAUAUGAAAAAAAGAUAUUUUUCAGAGCCUAAAAUUAAAUCUCUGUAAUUGAAUGAAUUAUAAUAUUUUUCAGACUUUGUGGAUCAUUUAAAUGUAGAAUGAUCCAUCUAACACAUGCCAACGCUAGUUUAUUUCUGUAAAUUUUUUAAGAAAACAAUUAUAAGGCUUUUGAAAAUAAGACCAUUAAUGAGUAGACUAUCUUUUAAAUAAUUGCUAAAAAAAGCACUUGAAAAAUCUAAGUACAGUAAGUCCCCUACAUACAAACGAGAUCCGUUCCACGAGCACGUUCGUAAAUCUAAUUUGUUCUUGAGUCCAACAAAGUUAGCCUAGGUACCCAACAAACACAAUCAGCUAUAUAGUACUGUACUGUAAUAGAUUUAUAAUACCAAACAAACACAACAAAUAAAACAUUUUUAAUCUUACAGUACAGUACCCUGAAAAGUACAGUAGUACCAGCUAUAUCACCACUGCUUUUACGCUUGCUUCCGGAGAUCCUGGGUUUGGAAUAAAGAUACUGUGCUACUGUACUCUAUUCAGUACUGUACAGUAAAGUACACAAAAGCACAACCACUUGUAGAGAAUGCACACACGUGUCAACAUACGCCAGACACAGUGAUUCGACAUGCGAACGCAUGUUUGCAUCUUUGAAAGUUCAAAACUUAAAGGUUCAUAUGUAGGGGACUUACUGUAUCCUCCUAUUAGUGUCCUUCAAUUGGAGACCUACUAGAAAAAUCCAUUCAACAAUGAGAAUGGUAGUAAAUGCUACUAACGAUUAUAUAAGAAGAUGAUAAAACAAUAUUUGAGUACUUCCUAGAUGCCAGGCAGUGUUCUAAGUAUUAUAUUUGCUCCCUUUAUUCAUUACCAAAAUCCUGAGUUAGGUUCUGUUAUUAUCCUAAUUUUACAGAGGUAAAAGUAAAGUAAUGAGUUCAGGCAACUUUCCCAGUCAGUCUGGUUCCAGGACUGGUGUCUUAGGCUACUGAAGGGUUAUGAGUUAAGGGGAUGGAGAAAGGAUGGAAGGUGGGGAGCAGGGGGUC